UUCCAUGAAUAAUUCAAUAAUUUAUAGUUUCAAGAAGCACCAGACGUUUACUAUCCGUUAAUUUAAUUUUAUCCAAUAUUUCCGAAUUUCCAAAAUUCCAAAUGCUAUCACGAAAUAAUUGCGAACCUAUUUUCUGCUCAAAAGAAUCUCUCUCUCUCUUCACACACUCUGCUCUGCCCUGCUCUGUAUCUUCCAUAAUCUCUCUCUCUUCGCGGCAAAGACAAGCGCUUCUUGACAAGCAUUACCUCCUUUUUCACACUCCAGGUUUUGCUCCGUGCAUCCAUCGUCAUCCUAGAAGAUUUGCAUUUGGAGUUUUCUCCUCGGACUAUUUCCAGAUCUCUCUUUACCUUUUUGCGGCGCUUUACUUCCUCUGUUGAAGCAAAAAUAAUUAAAUCUUUGCUACUCUUUCAGCCAUAACUACUCUUUCCUUGUUGCCUUCUGUUUGUUUUCUCUCACUAAAUCAGCAAGCAAACUCCUACCGUCUUUCAUCCCGUUGGAAAAUCUGAAACGAAUCAGCUCAAAAUGUAUCGCUGUGAUUGUUCAUUUUCGUUUUGUGUUGGGGCGUUAUUACUGUUAUUUAUUAACUUUGGAGAAUUCGCGAAUGGUGAUUGGGCAACUUGCUCCGGGAUCGUUCCGAUGAGUUACCGGAACGAUAAGAUAUCGAUAACGGACUUCGGAGGCGUGGGCGAUGGGGUGACGUUGAACACGAAAGCAUUCAGAGAAGCAAUUUACAGAAUCGAGCAUUUGAGAAGGAGAGGUGGCUCGCUGCUUUACAUUCCUCCUGGAGAAUAUUUAACCGGACCGUUUAAUCUCACAAGCCGUAUGACUCUUUACUUGGCUAGAGGCGCCGUGAUCAAAGCCACUAAGGAUGUUUGGCAGUGGCCCUUGAUAGCGCCGUUGCCCUCUUAUGGAAGAGGAAGAGAACGGCCCGGAGGAAGGUACAUGAGCUUCAUCCAUGGUAACGGUCUACAUGAUGUGAUAAUCACAGGGGAAAAUGGAACAAUCGAUGGCCAAGGUGGCAUCUGGUGGGACAUGUGGAGGCGAAGAACUCUCAAGUUCACUCGACCAAACCUUAUCGAGUUCAUGAACUCGAGAAGCAUUCUCAUUUCCAAUGUCAUUUUCAAGAACUCGCCCUUUUGGAACAUACACCCCGUUUACUGCAGUCAUGUUGUGAUUCGAUAUGUAACGAUUCUUGCUCCAGCUGACUCUCCCAACACUGAUGGAAUUGAUCCAGACUCGAGCUCCAACAUAUGCAUCGAGGACUCCUUCAUAUCAACCGGGGACGACCUAGUAGCCGUGAAGAGCGGGUGGGACGAAUACGGGAUAGCAUUUGGUCGAGCCAGCCACAGCAUCACCAUCAGAAGACUAACCGGGUCAUCGCCAUUCGCUGGAAUCGCAGUGGGAAGCGAGACCUCCGGUGGCGUGGCGGACGUCCUGGCCGAGCACAUAACCCUGUACAACAUGGGGAUUGGCAUACAUCUCAAGACCAACAUCGGCAGGGGAGGGGUCGUGAGGAACAUAACCGUGUCGAAUGUCUACAUGGAGAACACGCGGACGGGGAUAAAGAUCUCAGGCGACGUGGGAGACCACCCCGACGAGUAUUACAACCGGAAUGCUCUCCCGGUCCUCAAGAAUGUGGUGAUCAAGAAUGUUUGGGGUGAAAGAGUGCAGCAACCCGGCCUCAUCCGCGGCCUUAGAAACGCGCCGUUUACUGAUAUUUGCCUCUCCAACAUCCAUCUUGGUGGCGCACGGCCGUGGCAGUGCUCGAAUGUGUUCGGAGCUGCCGUUCAAGUCAGCCCGUCGCCGUGCGCCCUGCUCACCUCCUCCCGCCAGCAGCUAGGUGCAUGCUCGUCUUCCUUUUAAAAUCUCAUUAAUUUGUAGUUUACUACAGUUAUCAUUUUUAUGUGAGAAGACAGCAGUUUUCAUGUGUAAUAGCAAUUUUUUUUUUUGGAUGAAUCA